CAAUGCUGGAGACGAGCAGACGGGCCACUAUUUUGCAAAGCUCGCCGUUACUAGCGCAUCUUCGUCCGCACCUGCCUGCAUCGUUGUUGCGGUAGGAGCGCUGUGAGGGGGUCAUUAUUUUGCAGCAACCGUGGGAGGAGGAGAGGCAUUUCCGACACACCGACAGAAGCGUGUAAGCCUCAGAUUCAGCACCACAAGAUUAAGGAGAGCGUCCGGACCGAGCCGAUUGUUACUCUCCGGGGAGGUUAACUGAUCAGGAGGACGCCGUUUUUCUUUGGGAGUGCACUCAGUGAGACCAGGCGUUGCUGCUGCUGCUGCUGCUGCUGCACAGUUUGUGGACCUGCUACAGGAGUUAUCUUUAACGGUUAAAGAGACCAUGACGACUGCCACUUCCCCUAUUCUAUUGAAAUGGGACCCAAAGAGUCUUGAAAUCCGCACCUUGACUGUGGAGCGGCUUCUGGAGCCCUUGGUCACACAGGUGACGACUCUGGUGAACACCAGCAACAAGGGACCGUCCAGUAAGAAGAAGGGACGCUCUAAGAAGGCUCAUGUUCUGGCAGUAUCUGUGGAGCAGGCCACCCAGAACUUUCUUGAAAAGGGUGAGCAGAUUGCCAAAGACAGCCAGGAUCUCAAGGAAGAGCUCAUUGCUGCUGUGGAGGAUGUUCGCAAACAAGGAGAAACGAUGCGCAUAGCCUCAUCUGAGUUUGCUGACGACCCUUGCUCUUCUGUGAAACGCGGCACCAUGGUGAGGGCUGCUCGCGCCUUGCUGUCUGCUGUCACCCGCCUGCUCAUCCUUGCUGACAUGGCUGAUGUCAUGAGGCUGCUGGCCCACCUUAAGAUUGUUGAAGAGGCUCUGGAGGGAGUAAAGAAUGCUACCAAUGAGCAGGACCUGGCAAACCGCUUCAAAGAGUUUGGAAAAGAGAUGGUGAAACUUAACUAUGUGGCUGCUCGGAGACAGCAGGAGUUGAAGGACCCUCAGUGUCGGGAUGAGAUGGCAGCUGCUCGUGGCGCUCUUAAGAAAAACGCCACCAUGCUGUACACGGCCUCUCAGGCCUUCCUGCGCCACCCAGACGUGGCUGCCACACGUGCCAACCGAGACUACGUGUUUAAGCAGGUCCAGGAGGCCAUCGGAGGCAUUUCCAGUGCAGCCCAGGCCACUUCACCCACCGACGAGAAGCACGGCCACGCUGGCAUCGGAGAGCUGGCUGCUGCCCUCAAUGAGUUUGAUGUAAGUCACUCUGUUUUCUCUGUUUUUGAUUGAAAAUACUGCAUUUGG